AUGAAAGUGAAAAAGCCUCGUGGUAUUCGGCAUGACCGAGACUGUGGUCGCUGCAAAGUCCGAGGGGUCAAAUGUGACCUGAACCGGCCCCGAUGUCAAGCCUGUCUCCAGAGUGGAGAGGCAUGCAACUAUCCGCAACGAGUUGUAUGGGUAGAUGAUAAGAAGAAGUCCAAAUCGCCAAAAAGCACUCCACCACAGAUUCCCAAUGAAGAACCACCAAACGUUGAGGUUUACAAGUCAGCAUCUAUCAAUCUAUAUGGCUUUGUCGACCUCCUGGACGCAUUCUGUCAACAAAUCCAAUCCAGCAGCCGUGACAUCCCAGAAGAAGGAAUCCAGCUGAUUUCACGCACGCUAAGCUUCGCCCGCUCGCGCAUCCAAGAUGCAAACAACAAAGAAUCCCUGCAGUCGCAUCUAGUGGCCUUGACAAACCUGAGCCAAGUUAUCCAGUCGGCGCACCCAAUCGCGCUUUUCGGCAUCGCAACUUUCGCUAUGUUCGAAGUAUGCUGCGGAUCUUUUGGCAACUGGCAUUGUCAUCUCCAAGGCGCGCGCUCGCUGCUAGAUCUCCAUUGCCAACACAAGGCCGAUCUCGACAACCUCUGCGGCGAGAUCUCCGGUCUAGCUGAUGUCCUCGCCUAUCUAGUGUGGUUUGAUGUUACAGGUGCCCUUGUCAGGCAAAGUCCAUUAAUUUUCGAGGACUGGCAUCGCGAGACCUUAUCCGCCGGAUUCUUCGACUCAGUCGGAUGUCCAGCAGAUACGUUCGAUCUAUUUGUUUAUCUUGCAAAACACCGCGAUGGCAAUGGAACCCGCGUUGUGGACCUCAGUGCCCGAGUAAUAGCCCAAAUUCUACAGCUCAAUGCGGGCGACUCGACGGACCGCAAUCUUGCUGCGACCGUGUAUAGAGGGGCCGCGGCAAUCAUGGCGUUCAGUCGCGCGGGAAUGACUACGGGCGGCGAUCCCUCUGCAUCGACAUAUCAUUCGAACGUAGUCUCCUCCAUGGUGGAUCGAGCAUGCCAGGCUAUUGCGGAAAUCCCUUCUAAAUCGAGGUUCUACGUGCAUCUAGCUACCCCCGCAUACCUGAUAGGGAUGAGUGCUUCGACAGCACGCCAGUGCGAGAUAAUCCGAGGGUACUGGCGAAAUUGCCAGUCGUGUGAAUUCCCCCGUUAUCCGGACGCCGAGGCGCAGUGCGAGCGGAGGUGGAGGAUAUGCGGUGUGGGGUUUAGCGUCGAUUAG